AUGAGCUCAGCUCUUCAACAUGUCGGCAGCCAUGGCCAUACGACAACACUCAGCUGCAACAGAACCGACAAGUUUACUCUAAAAGGUGAGCUGAUACAAUUUAAUCAAGAAUUUGACGAUCUUGAUAGUGAUCCUGCGGAAGUUGCCUGGAUCCUUAAUGUUGUAGAAUUCUCGCGGUCUGGUUGUCUUCAAGGCAUUAUCCUCCUCGCUUCUAUAGGCUGGUUGCCAUAUCGGAUUGGCAAACUUCCAAUCAUUACACUCGACCCCAGGACCAGGUUAUCCUAUAAUGGAUGGAGUUACGAACUCUCGUCACAAGUGACUCGGGCAGCCGCACUGUUAUUCCUUACUGUAUCUUAUGUUGAGGGACAUGUUCAUCUCCUCAGCUUCGCCGCCAUAACCUACGCCCAGAUUCUCGGUUUGUUCCGGCUGGUUGAUGACAUUCACUGGCACCAUGGAGUUCUUCAUCCUGUAAACUUUGUUACCACCUCCAUGUUACUUGUCCUCACGGCAGCACACCUCCUACCUUGCAUCCAAAUCAGUACGUCACAAUGCACACCGGACGUUGGAAUUCUCGGAGGCAUAUCUUCACUUGCCGCCGCGGUCUUCGUUGCUUCAAUUACGCCAAGAGAAUGGGUACCGUUUAAAGUCGACCCCAGGGUUGGAACCCAUACGACACAACAAGCUCCAGCUCCGGAAGAAUCUUGCAGUUGGUUCACUUACUAUUGUACUUAUGGAUGGUUUACUCCAUUGAUCUGGAAGGGCGUGACGAAAAAGCUAGACAUGAAUAGUCUGCCGGCACUAGCCUGGUAUGAUGAGCCACAGCACCUGCUGGGUAAGAUACAAAAGGCGCGUGCCAUCUCUAAGACGACCUUCGGUACAGUCAUACGCUUCCAGCGGAAUGAACUCAUGUCAAUGUCGCUUUGGAUCGGGGCUAGUUCCUGCCUAGAAUACAUUGCACCCUUUGCAAUGUUUAAACUUCUUCAGCAUAUUGCAGAGCCAACGGCGGCGACUUACCACCCUCAGAUCUGGUUGGUUCUCUUAAGUUUCGGCCCCAUAGCUCACUCAGUAUCAUUCCAGCAAUACCUAUUUAUCUCUACAAGACUCGUCGUUCGCAUCAAGUCAGCUAUGACACAGGAAAUAUAUCACAAGGCUUUCGAUUCCAUGGAGCCGGAUGAAGAUCCGUUCAGUGUGAGUGGAAACACCAACAACGCAAACAAAACCAGCGCGAAACAGCCUCAGGCAGCUCAACAGUCAACAUCGACUGGCCGCCUGGCGAACUUAAUGGCGACAGAUAUUGAUGCCAUAUCCGCAGCCCGUGAUAUUAUUAUAGCUAUUGUCGGGGUCCCAAUAGGAACAGCUAUCUGUCUUGCUGGUCUUUACACAAUGAUGGGUUGGGUGUCCAUAAUUGGGGUUAUAGUCAUCCUGCUUGUAACACCACUGUCUAUACUCUUGGGCAAAAUCAUGUACGCGCUUCAAAAAAGAGUUAGACAAGCUCAAGAUGGCCGGAUAUCGUUAAUUACAGAGUAUAUAUCUUCUAUCCGAGCUAUCAAGUUGUUGGCUUUGGAAGAUGCUAUGAUAAACAAAGUUGAUACUACUAGGGCAAUAGAACAGAGCGGCUUAUGGAGAGUUACUCUGCUGCAAGCUAUUAUUAACCUCAUGACCGAAGCUUUGCCCUAUAUUGGCAUGAUGUUUAUGUUUGGGCUUUACGUGGGAUUAGAGCAGAACCACCUUUAUGCCUCGACAGCCUUUACAUCCAUAAUUCUAGUGAAGAAUAUUCGGAAGAAUGCAAAAUCGGCUACGGAAAACUCGCGAAAAUUUACCGGCGCAAUUAUGGCAUUUAAAAGAUUAGACGUAUAUUUUGGGAGUACUACUCCGCUUACGCGACAUUCUAUUGGACAUUUGAAAAUCCAAAAUGCUUCAUUUCGUCGGAAAGCAACCAGUACAUUCCGACUCAAGGACAUAUCCCUUAAUUUCGCUAACGGGGGCCUAAAUGUCAUUACCGGUCAGAGCGGUAGUGGGAAGACCACCCUCUUACUAUCGAUGCUGGGCGAAACCCAUAUGGAAAGCGGAGCUGUGCUAGCGCCAAGGGAUAUCUCGUUCGCACCCCAGUUUCCAUGGCUACAAAGUGGUACUAUUCAGGAAAACGUUCUUUUCCAUAAUGUUAAGGACAAGGUGCGCUAUGACCGUGUUCUUGCAGCCUGUUGCUUGGAUAUAGACCUCAAGAAGAUGUCAAAUGGCGACAUGACUAUGAUCGGCCAAAAUGGCACGCCAUUAUCUGGAGGGCAAGUGGCGCGAGUUGCCCUUGCAAGAGCGUUAUAUUCAAACUCAUCGCUUCUACUCCUUGACGAUAUCUUUUCUGCUCUUGACACAAGGACCUCAGCAGAGGUAUGGAAGUAUUGCUUUUGUAGCACGCUUCUGGAUAACAGAACAACAAUUUUGGUUACUCAGGUUCCGUGGAUUAUUUCACAGGCAAAUCUAGCCAUUAAGCUUGAAAAAGGUCGAGUCAAGAGCGUUGACACUGAUAUCACCGCGAUCCGUCGGCCGAUAACCAUCUAUGAGCGAAUUGAGACUGCGAGGUCGUCGGAGAAGCAGCAGGUGGUGACGCCGGAAUCAAACUUCAAAUCGCACAGAGGACCCCAAAACCGCCCGUCACCAGUUGCAGAUGAUUUCGCCAAAGAAACUGUACAUCAAGAAAUGAGAGCGUCAAGAAAACCUGGUCGUCUAGCGCGUAAGAAAUACUCCAAAUUAUACAGAUUCUAUUCAUUGAGCUCACCAUAUCUGACAGUCUUUCAAUAUAUGAGAUACUUCGAUAAUCCAAUUUUAAUUGCAGCCUGCAUGAUUUUAUCACUCUUAUCUCACGGCUCGUUCUUCUUAUCGAGCUACUGGAUGUCUAUUUGGGUCCAAGCAUAUGAGCGCGAGCCUCAUGUUGAUACCGCAUACUACAUGGGCUGUUACGCAUUCCUCAUUUUUCUGGGAACUGUGACUAUCGGUACUACUAUCGUCGCUUUUGAAUGGGGUGGAUGGCGCGCUUCCCUGAAUCUUCACAAUGCCUUUAUUCGCGCCGUUAUGAGUGCACCUCUAUCGUGGCACAAAGUUGUGCCACUGGGACGAAUCACCAACAGGUUCUCUCGCGAUAUAUCGUCCAUUGACAAAUCCUUGAGCUCCAAUUUUAGGUCCACUCUUAGCGCCAUCCUUGUCUUGCUAUUUCGCAUUACGGGAGUCAGUUCGCUGCUGCCAAUUUUUAUACUCCCUGUAGUGUGUGCAUCUGCCAUCGCCGUCACUGUGGGCGAAAUGUACGCUAGAACGGCCGUUAUUCUCAGACGUCUGAUGUCCGCUGCUCACUCACCUCUUUUCUCCCAUUUUAUCAGUACACUGGCCGGGCUACAGGUUAUUAGAGCACAGGACGGAGUCCGCGAAGCUCUUACUGAAGACCUGGCGACGAAACUCAGAGUAUGGGCUGUGGCAGCCGAGGCGAAUUAUAAUUGCAAUCGUUGGGUGGCCUUGAGGGUUACCCUUAUGACUGCUCUUAUUUCUAUGCUGGCUGGCUUUAUUGCUAUUUCUGAUCUUGACGUAAUUAGUGCAGGACUCGUCGGCUUUUCGCUCCAAAACGCCGUCGGACUGAGCCAAGGCGUAAUGGUGUUAGUAAGAGCCAUGAACGACCUGGAAAUUGAAAUGCAAAGUUUUCAUCGGGUAAAAGAAUAUAUUGAACUUGAACAAGAAAGCAAGGGUGAUGAGUCCUGCGAAGAUGAAAUGGAUUUCGGCGAAGGGCAUCGCCUUGUUAAUAGAAGAGAAGGGAUCCCUGAGAGCUGGCCACAAUCUGGUGAGAUCGAGUUUCGCAAUGUAACUAUUAGAUACGAACCAGACAGCCCCAACGUUCUCACGGAUAUAAACUUGAGGUUUAAAGCCGGUACGCGGGUUGCGAUUGUUGGACGGACUGGCUCUGGCAAGACUACGGUUCUUAUGUCUCUUCUCCGCUUCACUAAUAUCAUUUCUGGGCAUAUCCUCUACGAUGGAAUAGAUAUUACAAAUAUUUCGAGACGCAGAUUGCGCGAGAGCGUCACAGUCGUUCCUCAGGAACCCACACUCUUCAGCGGAUCAGUACGAUCAAAUCUUGAUCCAACAAGCUCUGUUUCUAGAGACAACAUCGAGAACGCUCUUGACAGCUUUAAAGAUCUUGGGGUUUUGCCGCUCCAUGAAUCAUCUGGCCAAUUAUUGGUUGACCACAGCCACAUGCGUUGUCAAGGACUUUCCCUGUCAACGGAGGUGACUUCAGGGGGAGAAAAUUUCUCUCAUGGCCAACGUCAGGUAUUAUCUCUCUGCCGUGCAAUACUAAGAAAGAAUAAACUUAUGCUGCUGGAUGAGGCUACGGCAAGCAUGGACCAUCAGGCAGAUCAGGGAGUCCAAAAGAUUCUUAGCCGGGAGCUCAAAAUGAUGGGGGAUACCACACUUGUGACCGUUGCGCAUCGACUACGGACGAUAGUGGACUACGAUACCAUUGUGGUCAUGGAUGCAGGCAAAGUCAUCGAAUGCGGCUCGCCUCAAGGCUUGUACGAUGCUGGUGGCCAAUUCCACAAUAUGGUGCUCCACAGUGGGGAGUCAACAGAAUUGCAGAAGAUGUUAAAGGGCAGUCAAUGA